AGGGCAGCGUUUGCUCAACGUCUCCAGCUGUCCUAGCAAGAAAUGACUGUAAUGAGCGAUGAAAUGUACUAUUUUUGAAGUAUGUCCGGUCAAGAGGUACGCCAGAAGGAGUGAGGUGGGUGGAGGGAGGCCAGCAGAACAUGGUGGCUUCACAGUUGUCUGUCGGCUGUGGUCACUAGUCCAAAGUUCAUAAAUGCAGAUUUGCUGUCUCCACAAUGAACCGCGGAGCACUGGGUGAAGAAUGGCCCGGUUCCGCCGUAAAUCCUGCGUGGCCUUGCUGGCUCUGGUCCUGCUCAUGCUCAUCGUGACCGUAGCGCUUAAGUCACUCGCCCCAGAGGACAUGCCGUUCACCGACGGGAAGGAGCCCUCCCUCCAACGGAAGGACGACGUGGAGGGGACCACUGUCCGACUCGAGCGGCCCGGGAUUAGCGAAGCCGCCCUGUCGGGCGAGGAUGGCAAAUUAGCGGCCGUGCUGAGGAAGUUCCCCCCGCCGAACUACUUCCUCCACGCCUUUUACUACAUCUGGUAUGGCAAUCCAAGCUUUGACAGCAAGUACAUCCACUGGGACCACCCACAGCUGCCCCACUGGGACCCCAAGGUGGCUGAGAGGUAUCCACAAGACAGGCACAGCCCACCUAAUGACAUCGGGGCCAACUUCUACCCGGCGCUUGGGGCUUACAGCUCCAGGGACCCGGCUGUCAUGGAGGCGCACAUGCAGCAGCUGCGUACAGCUGCCAUUGGUGUCGUCGCCGUUUCCUGGUACCCGCCUCGCACCAAGGAUGACAACGGCGAGCCGGUAGACGACAUCGUGCCUCUGCUACUGGAUGUGGCACAGCGCUACUACAUUAAGGUUGCGUUCCACAUUGAGCCCUACAAAGGAAGAGACGAAGUCAACAUGUACGCCAACAUCAAAUACAUCAUUGACAAUUACGGCGAGCACCCGGCCUUCUUCCGGUACCGCACCGACACGGGUAAGCACCUUCCCCUCUUCUACGUGUACGACUCGUACCUGCUGAACACGGAGCAGUGGGCCCGGCUGCUGCGGCACACAGAGAGCGGCAGCAUCCGUGACACGCCCUACGACGCCAUCUUCUUGGCUCUGCUGGUAGAAGAGCGGCAGCAACGCGAGGUGGUGAGCGCCGGGUUUGACGGCGUCUACACCUACUUCGCCACAAACGGCUUCACCUACGGCGCCACGUUGCGCAACUGGCAUGCAGUCCGGUCCUUCUGCGAUGACAACGGCCUUCUCUUCGUCCCCAGCGUGGGGCCGGGCUACGUGGACACCAGCGUGCGCCCGUGGAACUUCCAGAACACCAGGAACCGCAUCAACGGCAAGUACUACGAGACCUCGCUGAGCGCCGCGCUGGAGGCCAAGCCCGACUUGGUCUCUGUCACAUCCUUCAACGAGUGGCACGAGGGCACGCAGAUCGAGAUGGCCGUGCCCAAAAGCGGCCCGACGCUCUAUCUGGACUAUUUGCCCAACAAGCCUGCCAUCUACUUGGAAAUUACGCGCAAGUGGGCCGCAAUAUUCGAUGGCGAGCGCAGGAGACGGCGGGAAUAACCUGACCGGGAUUUGACUCACAACAAUAUGCAAAUGGCCAACUUUACAUAGGUUGUGUUUGAAAUCGCUUCCUGUCAGCUUUCCGCUGGCAAUAGGACUCGAGCCCUGCUGUGAAUAGCUAAAGUCUGCAGGUAAUUACGCCCCCACUAAAAGGGGUUUGCAAUUGCGUAUAGAUGCCACAAAUUGGGUGUAAAGCACUUCAAACGGAGAGGAUCAUAAAGCAUCAACACCGUGCAUCUAGCAUGUACACAAACAUGAAGCCAUGGUAGAUAAACAACUGCAUUCACUAGUUAAAUUAUUCAACACAAACAUCAGUAUUAUUAGCUACCAUUCUAGCCUAAAUAACGCACUAGCACUAACUGAUGUGACAUCACACGCUUACUAGCACUUAACAGAUAAACAGUACAAGUCAUUAAACUCCCCUUUUGGGAUUUACACACUAAGGUAGGGAAUACAGGUACAUUUUAAUGACAAAUAGACUACACAGGCAAUUAGUAGCUGCAUGUGGAGAGAAGCAAAAACAUACUUUCACUUUCAGUGUCCCUUAGAUCACAGGUGUUAAACUCAUAGCCCGGGGGCCAGAUCCGGCCCGCCCCAUCAUUUUAUGCGCCCCACGAAAGCAAAUCAUGGCCAUAAACUUCAAUGAUUCUUGCUCAAAUCUGUACCAAAAUACAAUAUUAUAAUAUGUAAUAAAUAAUAAUGUUGAGGUAUUGCAAUAAUUUGUUUUGGUACCAAACACCUUUAACCAGUAACUUCAACAAUAGUUGAAUGAUACUUCUGAUUUCAAAAGUAGUUAUCCAUCAAUUUGUUGUGUAUAUAUCAUAAUAUGAUGAGGCGAUGAAACAUUUAUGUGGGUAUAGACUCAAAACGUCCCCUGAGGUGCAUUCAAGGACUGCUAACAAAACCGUACAUCUCAAACGCAGACAAAAAAAACACCAUCAAUGAAUUAAACCUAACAUCAAGAUUCCACAAGAAUACACCAAAGUAAUAUUUUUACUGCUUUUGCCUCAGCACAAAAACAAUGAAUGGAUGAUUUCUUCAGCCAAUAAUGGAGGAAAUGUUAGCUCAGCUAGCCAGUCUGCGCGUUAGGUCAGUUGUGGCAGUAGCAGCUAGUGUAUGACUGUCCUUAUGUCUUUAUUUUGUUACUGUUAGUUCAAUAAAGCAAAUGAAAGUGCA